CAUAAAAGAAAUAGCAGCUCGUUAAAUGAUUUGAUUAAAAACAUGGGUAAAAAGAACCGUGACAGUAAUAAUCAUAAUAACAAGGAAAAUGGAAAAAACGACAAUGAAAGUGAUUACUUGGAAGAUUCUAUCGGUGUAAUGGGUAUCUGGCAAAUAUACGUUUGCGUUGUAGCAGCGUCAACUAGAUUUAUAGGUAUGGGAAACAUGUCAAUAAUAGUGUUUCUAACACCAAUAACAGAUUUUAUUUGCAUUGAAUUCGAAGAAAAUACAAAUAUAACAGCUGAAAAAAUGGUCUGCUAUAAUAAUUGUGUGAAAUAUGAGUAUAAAUCCGUCUCCAUGGACCAAACUAUUGUAACCGAAUUCGAUUUGAUCUGUGAAAGAGAAUGGAUGGCGAGUUUUGCUCAAUCUGUUAUAAUGUUUGGGCUUGUUAUCGGAGUAUCACUUUUUGGUUGGAUAUCUGACAGGUUCGGACGACGCGUCGCUCUUUUGUCAUCCACAAUUCUCAACAUAAUUUCUAUGGUGUCCUCGGCAUUUUCUCCAGAUUAUUGGAUCUAUAACGGGCUAAGGUUGAUUAUGGGAAUUGCGUCUGGUGGAUCUAUUAUAGUAUGUGUGCCAUACGUAAUAGAAAUUUGCAGUAAAAAAUAUAGAGAAAUAGCUGGAGCUCUCAUAACUUUACCCGACGGUCUGUCAGAAUUAUCUUUAGCCUUAUUUGCUUAUUAUUUUCCUACAUGGAAAUCUCUUACACUCGGAUUCAGUUCUGUGUCCGUGAUAAUUCUGUUGCUAGUUCUCACUCUGCCAGAAUCUCCAAGAUGGCUGGUUUGUAACGGGAGAACAGAAGAAGCAAUUUCUACCAUUAUGAAGGCUGCUGAAUGGAAUAAACUAGAAACAGAUCAUGUCAGAGACACAGUAAAUAAGAGUGUUGGAGCCAUAGUUCAAAAAAUUAACACUGAUGUAUCCGCAUCAUAUUUCGAUUUAUUUAAGAAACGUCUAGGAACAGUUACCUGGUGCACAAUAUUUAUUUGGGCCGUUGUUGGUACUAAUUAUUUCGGUUUAUAUCAAUACAUGACAUUUUUGGGAACUACUGUUCACACGACCGUGGUAAUGUUAGCAUUGCUUCAGUUUCCACUCUGUGUGUUUGAGGUAUUAUUGACAAAACACUUCAGUAGAAAAGCAACCCUGAUUGGUGUUCUGGUAGCAUGUGGAGUUCCAAUGCUUAUUCUCAUUUUUACUCCUAAAAACCAUUGGGUUACUAGUACCUUAGGGGUCAUAGGAUUUUCUGCAUGUUAUAUCGCCUUUGGUGUAAUAUACGUUUAUCAUGGAGAAUUAUAUCCCACUUGCCUAAGAAGUAUGGCUUAUGGAAUAACGUCGGGUACAAAUAAAGUGGGUGCAAUGGCGUCCCCUUUUAUAGCUCGAAUUUCACCAUCUUGGAUUCCGUCAUCAAUAUUUGCAUCACUAUCAUUUCUAGCAGCCGCCUUUUGUUUUCUGCUGCCUGAAACCAAGGGAAGUAAUUUAAAGGACACUGUGGAUUAAAAUCAAGUAAUAUUUUUUGUACGAAAAAUUAUUCGAAAAAUCUUUGUUUAAUAAUGUUAUUGUUAUUUUAAUUUAUUGUUAGUUGAUAAUUAUAUAUCGAGAAAUCUUUUGCCAAUUUAUUAAAUUCUUUGUUAUAAACAUAUUACAAAACGAUACAAUCGAUAUUGUCGAUUUCACAAAUCUAUCCGAUUAUCUAACCAUACUUAUCUUCGAAAGAAGAAAGAAGUCUUUCUUUGUACAUUUGUUGUCAGCUGCAGAAAAACACUUUUGCAAAUUUUUACAGCAUUCCAUAUUUUUUGAUAAGAACCCGUAAGUUUACGGCAAACUGUGAGACGUCGAUGAACAAAAUAGAAAGAGAAAUCUGGUGCGUCAAUCCGUCAAGUGCAAUAAUAUCUAGUUCUGAGAAAAUCUUAGCUAUACGUUACACGCCAUUGUUGAACCUGCACGUGUAUAAUAAAAAUGUAUUUACGAGAAAGCUAGGCGCCAUAACAUAGCAAUUAUAUAUAACAGUUGUGCGCAAAAUAUUAUAAUUUUACUACUCUAAAAGACGUUUACGAGUUAAGUGCCCACAAAUUAUAUUCAUUAAUAGGUUUUGUUAUUUGUAAA